AUGUCAGAAAGAGAAAUCAGUACCUUCACACCUACCACAAUUCAAUUUCCCAACACAAUUGAUAACGCUACAGAAGGUUUUCAAAUCUCAUUAACCUUGUCAAUUACUGAUGAUCCACCAUCAUAUGGACAUCACUACGAAGUUCGGGGGAGAACUUCAACUACUGUUCAAGCUAUUUUAGAUUGGAGAAGUCAACAUGACAGAACAUCAACAGAAAUGACUUUUAACGCUUCUUUAGAUCUUACCAUUAUACAUACUUCUCUAACUUAUAAACAAGUGGAUGUGAAAUUAAGAGUUGUUGGAAGUGUCAACUACGUACGGGAAACUUCACAAGACGGUAGACAUACUUUGGUAACACCAAGAUUAACAUUUUCAAGUCAAGCAAGAUCAAGCUUGACAAUCAUGGAGAACACUACCGCCCUCACUACCGCAAGUACCAAUCAAACAUUCAAACAACAACUCAGUCAAGCACUCAUCUACACAAAACAUCUCUCCCGAGUGGACCAAAUUACCAAUUCGUUACCAUCCGCUUUAGCCACGAUGUCGGAUCUCAAACCUUAUCUUGACCAUAUCACCAGUUUGACAGAUCCUUGCUCACCUAUAGUGGAGGAAGUAGGAAGGUCAUGGCUAGGUUCAUAG